AUGUUCUAUAAAACUCUUCGGUACGAUACAAUGGAGGCUCUCCCAUACAAUAUUAAAGAAAAUAUUAUAAAAUAUCUUAGUCCUCUAAAGCGCCUCAUAUUCCCUAAAUGGCUGAAUAAACACCAAUUCUCAACAAGCGCUAUAUGGGGUAUGAUAUUCGAGACAGAAGAUUGGAUCGAAUUGGUUUAUAAAAACGACAAUCCUAACCCCGGUUCGCCUGUUGUUUGCCUCUUGGGGGACGAUUUAAAUAAGCUUUAUUCUGCAGAACGCGGGAACGGCGCAUACUUAACGCUGCUAGUGAACGACUGGUCCGGUGAUAUCCCAUACCAUAAGGAGACCUUCUUCGCUAGCUUAAAGAAACACACAUACGAUAAGCAGUGGGAAGAAAUCAUCUUACAUGAAUCCGGUCUACGCCUGCAAAUUAGCGAUGCUGUCCGUUCACUUCAACACAUCACACUCCAGGAUCCGAGCCGCCUGUUUAAUGAAAGCAAUGGGGUAAUUAACUCUAGCGUUCUAUAUUACGGCUCUGACUUCCCAACCCACCUUGGUGGAGAUCAGAUAAAAGGAGUAGAAGGCUUUCCACUUGAAGGAAAGAAGUUUAUUAGCGAAAUAUGCAUGGUUAAGCUACGGUUUAGGGCAGGCGAAGCGGUAGCGAAUAGGUUCUUUAUUAGGGAAGGAAGUAAACAGCUCGUCGUUUGCUUGAGGCGUACAAAUAAGGACAAAGAUAGUGGGGACGGUACUAAUGUUGUCGGCUUUCGAGUAGGCCGCAUAGACGAAGCCGAAGCCUUCCGGGUAUGUGACUCCUUUUAAUAAGCAGAUGUUCUGUGUUCUCUGUCUUAGAGUGAAUUCGCAUAUCUAUUCUAAGCACAAAAACGGGGUUAGGCCUUUAUAGAGCCGAAGGUAAAGUGCUUAUGGCCCUAACUAUUAUAGUGUGGCGGAUGCGGCC